AUGAGAUUACUUAAAGCUUUAUUAGUAGGUUGUUUGGCUGUGAAUGUAGCUUGUGCCACUACUGAUGUUAAAUUACAAAAAUGGUUUGAAAAUAUUGACCAAACUCAAUUGAAUCCAUAUCAACAAUCAAUCUAUAAUAGAUUGGCAUCAAUGGAAGAAUACGUUGAUGAAUGGAAGAACAUGUUCCAUUUAAUGGUCCUUGAUGAAAAUCAUAAUGAACAAAAUCCAGAAUGGUCAAUCGUUAAUAAAAAAUGGAAUGAAGGUUACAAUUAUGAAAAUGAACAAGAAAAUAACUUGGAUAAAGAAAUUAAACAAAUUGAAGCCACUCAUAAUUUCCAAGAUCUAGAAAUGGAACUUAAUCAAGAAAAUCAAGAAAACAAUCAAGAAAACAAUCAAGAAAAAAACCAAGAAAACAAUCAAGAAAAAAACCAAGAAAACAAUCAAGAAAACAAUCAAGAAAACAAUCAAGAAAAUAAAAAUAAUCAAAGCAAAAUUCAACAAGAACAAAAUGAAAAACAAGAACAAAAUGAAAAACAAGAAGUGAAUGAAAAACAAGAAGUGAAUGAAAAACAAGAAGUGAAUGAAAAACAAGAAUUGAAUGAAAAACAAGAAGUGAAUGAAAAACAAGAAGUGAACGAAAAACAAGAAGUGAAUGAAAAACAAGAACAAAAUGAAAAACAAGAAAUAAACCAAGAACAAUUGAGUCAACAAAAGAAUGAACAACAAGAAAAAUUGAAUCAACAAAAUAAUCAACAACAAGAAGAGUUGAAUAAACAAAAUAACCAAAAACAAAAUAGUAACAAAUCAAUUUUAAACAUUGAAGUUGGUUUGGGUCAACAAAAUCAACAACAAAAUCAACAAAAUCAACAACAACAACAAAAUCAACAAGAAAAUCAACAACAAAAAAAUCAACAACAAGCUCAACAAAACCAACAACAAAAUCAACAAGCUCAACAAGCUCAACAAGCUCAACAAGCUCAACAAAAUCAACAAGCUCAACAAAAUCAACAAGCUCAACAAAAUCAACAAGCUCAACAAAAUCAACAAGCUCAACAAAAUCAACAAGCUCAACAAAAUCAACAAGCUCAACAAAAUCAACAAGCUCAACAAAAUCAACAAGCUCAACAAAAUCCACAAGCUCAACAAGCUCAACAAAACCAACAAGCUCAACAAAAUCAACAAGAAAAAAACAACAAUAAAUCAAUUCUAAGUAUUGAAAUUGGAAAUAAUGCUGCACAAAAACAAAGUGAAAACUCUAAACAAUCUGCUGCAAUUCAAACUGAUGUAAACGUUGCCAACAAACAAAACCAAGAAAACAAAGCUAAUCAAGAAAACAAAGCUAAUCAAGAAAACAAAGAUAAUCAAGAAAAUGGUGAUAAUCAAGUGAAUGAUGCUAAUCAAGAACAAAAUCAAAAUGAAAACAAUGUUAAUAAGAAAGUUGAAGAAAGUCAAUCAAGAAAAUCAAGAAAAUCAAAACAAGGUAGACAAGGUAGAAAAUCAAGACAAGAAAAAGAAAAUACUAAUGAUUUAUUAGGUCUUGAUAUUGGUCUUGGUUUAAAUGGUAAUAAUCAAGAAGAUGCUGAAAACCCAGGUUUAUUCGCCAGAUUAGGUGUUUCUAAACGUCAAUUGGUUCCAGAAGAAAUUGAAAACCAAGAUUUGGCAGAAGCUGCUUUUGAAAUCACUUCUGAAUUAGAACAAGAAGUUAUUCGUCAAAUUAAUGGUCAACAAGCUGACUAUACUGUUAAUCCAGAAAUAGUUGCUCAAGCUAAAUUAAUCGUUGAAAAUGCUUAUGAUGCUUAUUAA